AUGCAGCUCGUUCAGCAGGCCGGCCCUGGUUUGCUGGGUGUUGUGCCCAACCCUGCCAACAGCACCCUAGCGCUCGUCAGCGUGGGCCCAGCUGUGCCUGCGGUCGGCACCUUGGUUGUGAAGCCUGACGGGUCCUUUGUCUACACCUCUGUUCUCGGAUUUGCUGGCAACUUCACAGUCAACGUGACCUACAGCAACGGUGUCACCAACACGACCACCCCGGUGACGGUCUCGGUCACCGGCCCGGCGCCACCUGCGCCUGUUGCUGUGAAUAACGCAUUUACGUGCCCCAUUGGCGCCCCCUGCACCGUGGCCGGGCCUGGCGUACUGGCCAAUGGCAACAGCUCGUCUCCAGGAACCGUUCUCACCGUCGUGGGUUCGUCUACGCCAUCAGUGGGGAAUCUCACGCUGCAGCCCAAUGGGUCGUUUGUGUACAUCCCGCCAACGGGAUUCUCCGGGCCAGUCACCUUCCAGUACACAGUCAGCGACGGCUACUCCCUGCAGAAUGCGACUGGCACUGUCACCCUGCAGGUCGCGGCAGCGUGCAGCCCGCCGUGUGCCAACAACGGCACUUGUGUUGCCACCAACACCUGCAACUGCACUGGGACGGGCUUCACAGGCGCCACGUGCAGCACGCCCGUGCAACCGGCCGCCAGUGGCGGCGUCAUCACCUGCCCACGGGACGCCGUCUGCACUAAGGCCGGGCCUGGGUUGCUGGGCGUUGUGCCCAAUCCCGCCAACAGCACCCUUACACUCCUCAACGUGGGCCCGGCUGUGCCUGCGGUCGGCACCUUGGCUGUCAAGCCUGACGGGUCGUUUGUCUUCACCUCUGUCCUCGGAUUCGCGGGCAACAUCACGGUUAACGUGACCUACAGCGACGGCGUCAACAACACGACUGCCCCAGUGACGAUCUCCGUGACCGGAGCAGCGCCGCCGGCGCCUGUUGCUGGCAGCAAUGCGUUCACGUGCCCGAUCGGCGCCCCCUGCGUCGUGGCCGCGCCUGGCGUGCUGGCCAACAGCAACAGCUCAACCCCGGGCACUGUUCUCAAGGUUGUGGGUUCAACUGCGCCAUCUGUGGGCAGCCUUGCUCUGCAGCCCAAUGGGUCCUUUGUCUACAACCCACCAGCGGGCUUCUCCGGGCCAGUCACCUUCCAGUACACAGUCAGCGACGGCUACUCCCUGCAGAACGCGACUGGCACUGUCACCCUGCAAGUCGGGGCAGUGUGCAGCCCGCCGUGUGCCAACAACGGCAAAUGUGUUGCCACUAACACCUGCAACUGCACGGGAACGGGCUUCACGGGCGCCACGUGCAGCACGCCGUUGCAACCGGCCCCCAGUGGUGGAGCCGUCACCUGCCCGCGGGACGCCGUCUGCACCACUGGCGGCCCCGGGUUGCUGGGCCUCGUGCCGAACCCCAACAACCGCACCCUUACACUCCUCAACGUGGGCCCGACUGUGCCUGCGGUCGGCAGCUUGUCUAUUAGGCCUGAUGGGUCUUUUGUCUUCACAUCAGUCCUCGGUUUCGCAGGCAACAUCACGGUCAACGUGACCUACAGCGACGGCUCUACCACUAGGACCGUCCCAGUGACAAUCUCCGUCACCGGCGCGGCGCCGCCGGCCCCCAUCGCGGUCAACGACGCGUUCACCUGCCCCAACGAUGCACCCUGCACGGUGCCCGGGUCUGGCGUGCUGGCCAAUGACAACAGCUCGACCCCAGGCACCGUUCUUACAGUUGUGGGUUCGUCUGCGCCGUCAGUGGGGAACCUCGCGCUGCAGCCCAACGGGUCGCUUGUGUUCAUCCCGCCGACGGGUUUCUCGGGGCCCGUCACCUUCCAGUACACAAUCAGCGACGGCUACUCCCUGCGCAACGCAUCUGCGAACGUCACCCUCCAAGUCGACUCGUCCAGCUCGCCCAGUGACGCCGGGAUGGAGGUGAACAUCCGGCUCGUCCUCAGCACCGCCGAUAAUCUGACGGUCACCGCCGCCGCGUGCCCCGGGGACGUGACGAAGCUGACGGCGCUGGCGGACCAGUUUGCCGUGAAGCUGCGCGGGACCGAGGGCGUCACCUCUGUGACCAUGAUGGCCGUGAAGUGCGAGUUCAUAGACAACAAUAAGGUGCUCGUCACUUUCGCCACCAACGUGGCCAGCUCCUCGUCCUCGGCUGUGUCCUCUCUCCUCGGGAACAUCAACUCCCCCCGCAACGUCGGCGCGCCGCAGCCGGCCCUGGGCCUCUGCGCGUCGCCCCUACUGGGGUCGCUCUGCCGCAGCACCAGCUUCGGAUCUCUCAAGGUUGUGGACGGCUGCGCGACGGUCAACCUGCAGUGCACCCCGGCCACCCUGGCAGCCAAAAAAUGCGUCGUGGCGACAGGCACGGUCGGAGGGUUCAUCGUCGUCCGCAACCCGACAACCAGGGCUGCGACCGCGUUCUUCGAGGGGGACGUGCAGGGGGCGGACGGGGAGGUGGUGGACACCGCCGACACCGCGGCUGGCGGCGCGCGCAGGCUGCUAGCCACCGUGCAGCCAAAGAACGCCGUGUUCCAGGCGUGCUGCGUGAGCCCCAAGCAGAGGGAGCCGCCGAAGGGCAACGCGCCCACCUGCAAGCGGAUCAACGUCGGCAAGAAGAUGAACCGGCUGAAGCGGCUGUCCAAGUGCAAGUGCCUGAACCUGCGGGAGUUUGUCAAGGCCGCAAUGACGACAAAGGUUACAGCUAAAAGCAGCGCUGCCCACUUUGUUGCAAGCUACCCCUUCACCGCGGGCCUGGCCACUCAGGUGUGCGCACUCAAACCAACCAAGAAGAACCCGGCACGCUGCGUCACCCAGACGCAAAAUUCCGGGUAUGCGACCGUCUCGUGCCUUGGCCCCGCCGGCAACGGCAACGGCACGAACGUCCUGUCCGUUGAGUUCGAGUCGGCGCGGGGCUUCUCGGUGGGGCGCCUAAACACCGUCGUGGCGACAUGCAGCAACAGCAAGUUCACGACCAUCAGCUCUUGCAACAUCGCAAACGGCAACGGCGUGGUCGUCACCAACACGCCGUCGGGCGGCGUCCGGCUUGCCUCUGCGGAGUUGGACGCCGGCUGCCUGUGCAAGGCCACGGGGCGCCGGCCCGUAGUGAUG